GCCGGGUACGCUUCCCGUGGUGCCUCGGGCGCUCGAACAUGGCGGCCGCCACGCUCCAGCUUUACUUGGAGUCGAUCCGCCGGGAGCUGGAGCAGCUGGAUCCGAAUGUGCUCGGGGUGGUUGUGGCGCUGGCCGCGGUGCUGCUCACCUUCGUGUUUUUUAUCCUAUUGAGGAGCAGAAAAAGCAGUCGGAGUGCGGUGCUUCUGGCUGGUCUGUGUGAUUCUGGGAAGACUUUACUUUGCUGUAGGUUAUUGUCUGGGAAGUUUAAGAUUACACACACAUCCAUAACCAGUAACUCUGCAUUGUACAGGGUUAGGAGCGACAAGGGCCCUGCUGUUGUUUUAUAUGACCUCCCUGGUCAUGAAAGUCUACGUCUUCAGUAUUUGGAGAAACACAAAGCUGAUGCCAGAGCCAUUAUCUUUGUAGUGGACAGUGUGUUGUUUCAAAAAGAAGUGAAGGAUGUGGCUGAGUUUCUUUACACGUUGCUCACUGAUGCUGUGAUUGUGAAGAAUGCACCUCCCCUCCUAAUAGCCUGUAACAAGCAAGAUGUCACCAUGGCCAAAUCUGCGAAAUUAAUUCAACAACAAUUGGAAAAGGAACUCAACACUCUGAGGAUGAUUCGUUCCGGUGCACCGAAAUCUCUGGAUGGAUCCAGCACUGGGGCUGCGCUGCCUUUAGGAAAGAAGGGAAAGGAGUUUGAUUUUUCCCAGGCUCCGAUGAAGGUUGAGUUUGUGGAGUGCAGUGCACAAGGGAACAAAGGGGACAGAGGCGAGGCUGACAUUGGAAGUGUAGAGGCAUGGCUUACCAAAGUGGCAUGAACAAUGAGACAGUCUAAAAACAGACAUUGUGGCCUGCUGCCAACAUGAUAAUGAGACUGACCAAAGAUCCAAUAGUUGUGUUUUUAACGCAGAACUCCAGCUGAAUGAUGUUUGCUGUAACUAUGUUGAACUGAGCCAGCUCGAUCCUUGCUGUAUUUAAGUGUCUGGUAGGACAGUGAUGUCAGUGUUUUCCAUGUCGUUUAUGUUGCUGAAAUGGCAGCACACUCUUGUCUGUUACUCUGCAAAUAAAAUAAUGGAUCUAACCCAA